UCCCCCUCUCCCCGUUUCUCAGAUGCUGCUGAUGAUCGGCGAGGGUUUCGGAGACGCCGGUGAGACAGUCUGUGGAGCGGUGGUCAACAUCCGGAACAAGGGAGACAAGAUCGCCAUCUGGACCGGGGACGCCAAGCGGGCCGAGGAAAUCACCAAAAUCGGUCAGCGUCUGAAGGAGGUCCUCAACAUCAACCCCAAGAUCACUAUCGGCUACCAGGCCCACUCCGAUACGAUGGUGAAGUCUGGGAGCAUCGCCAAGAACCGCUAUGUCGUCUAACAGCGCCGUGCGAGGCUGGGGAGGCGCCGCCGCCGAUGGUGAUGAUGCUGGUGCUGAAGUUGAUGUUGGUGAGGGUGAUGAAGUUGGUGAUGCUGAUGUUGUUGAUGCUGAUGCAGUUGAUGCUGAAGCUGGAGUUAUGAUGUUGCCGGUUGAGUCUGCCAAGCACCGUCUGUCUCAGUUAAGUUGGUUACUACCUGGUUGACCAACCGUUUAGCCUGGCGUAAGGCUGGAAAGCCCGACUACGACGACGGCUGAUAACUUUGUGGGUGAUAGAUCGGUCCGUGAUAGACUGCCAGAGCAAGGGAGCCUGUGGCGGGAAGGCAAUCAGUACCACCAUCAACAAUAGCAACGGCGACAUCAACAUGAACAGCAUUAGCAUCAACAAGAACUGCCAGCGUGUACGCUUGCUAAAUAUUACUCGCACGUUGUGGGGUUUUUGAAAGCCCUAUUGUGUCGGUGCAUAUCGGGUGUUUGCGGGUCUAAACGUCUCAACCUGGGGCGCUCGUUAGCAUAGACGGAAAACCGGCUGUUUCGUGUCAGAAGCCAUGACAGAGACUGUCCUUGUUGGGCUUGAGAGCCCUCGAUUAUUACAUACAUUGUGUCAUAUUUGAAAAAAGAGUCCGGGCAGCAAAAAAAAAGCAUCAACAAGAACAGCAUCAGCAGCAACAUGAGCAUCAUCAACUUCAACAGCAGCAGCAGCAGCGGCGGCGGCGGCGGCGGCGACCCCAUUCGCCGCUCUACAGCAGUGUAUAGGCUGGGCGGCGCGGUGCCCCCAAAGGGCUCUACGCUCGGAGCCCAUAAGGCAAGGUUAUGCAGUGGACCGGUCGCCGCAGUGCUAAGGACAUUAAUGGGUUGGGAAGACUCGAUGUGACGGAGGGCGACGGUGGCGCCGCGCGGCGGCCGGUCGGCAAAACUGCUGCCUGUGAUAGUGACACGAGGGAGAGUGGUGGAGAGAGGGAGAGUGGAGAGUGAGGAGAGACAGAGAGAGGAGCGAGCUAGCCGGCGAGGAGCGGCUCGUGUGAAAAAGCUGUGUAACGCGUUCGGGCGAAAGUGGUGGCUGUUUUGAAGCCGACGCAGCGCUUGUAAAGCGAGCGUUUGAUAAAGAAAGGCGUGUGGUGUGGAGUUGUGUUGGCCGCAGGCUAGCCAGCGUAUAAACGAGCGAAGGAGCGAGCUAAAAUCGUGACAAGGGAAAGAGAGAGAGGAGAGACUACUGCGGCGUUUGUUGCGUUCUUGAGGCGAUUCGCCUCAAAACCCGUGUGCUGUCUUCUCCAAGGUAUGUUCUUUGUGUAACCUGAAGUGAGAGCGUUGUAUAGACGAGAGCGAGAAAGAGGGUGGGAGGGACGGCCGGAGGGGCCCCGAAGAGGGGCUCGGAGGCUGCACUGCCGAGGCCGCCACCUGCCGGCGAAGUGGCGAAGCUAGCCACUUGGGCUCGUAGAAAUCCGCGGUGUAUGUAGCCUAUCAUUAUUGUUGCUGUGUUUAAUAAGUAUGUGUGUGUGUGAGUUUGAGGUUGUCCAUGUUGGUAAUUCUAAUAGAGAUAUGGUUACUUUGGAUCAGCUGCUUGUGUUGAAUGGACGAGAUGCAGCGAGGGUAAUGGGUAAUGAAUACGCAUGACGCGUUGCGUACAACCGGGAGUGUUUGGUUUUCUUGUCGGUUAGAUAAUCUUUUUUAUCGUUUAUUAUAAACUUGGGCCGUAAUAUAAUCGAAAUUCUGUCA